CAAGGCAAAUGUGAGAUAAGUCAGGGCCGACAUCGAAUGGGGACAAACCAUGCCAUGCUCGGACACAGCUACAAAAAUUUUACUUUCUCGCAAGCUUAUGAUUGCCAUGUCAAAUGUUUCGAAGAGAAGUGCAGAUGUCAAGCGUACCAAAUAUGGCAAAAACGCUGUGAGCUAUUGGAUGAAGACAGGUUCUCCGCUCCUAAAGACUUUGUUAGCGAUGCCGAGUACACCUAUUACGACAUGAACCGGGAAUUUCUUAACUUGGUGAGACAAAGUUAACGCUCUGAAAUUGAUUAUUGUUGAUUUUUGCCCUAGUUUAAUUUCCAUCAGAUACCCGUCUUUAAAGGUGUUUCGACACAGUUUCUCGGAGACCAUAACAAUGUUUUUCAAUCGCCUUAAAAGUGAUUUUAUCCUCGUCCGAGGUGUUUUAGUGAAUCAAUCUCAAUGAAAGUUUCAGACGUUAAUAUAUACAUCAGGGAGAUUGUGUGAUGAGGUUUAAGGAGAAAUCUGUCGAGCGGUUUUAUCGAGAUAUACAGAAAAGCGCUAAAAGUCAAAAAUUAGAAUAAAGUUGCACUUAGACGGGUGGUGACAAAACAUGUUAGUUUUCAGGAUCACAAAAAACAAAAUAGACCAAAAUUUCCAUGCAUCGAAAAAUGAUAUUAAGCAGCGCUCUGAUGUUACUGAACAUAAAUUUCAGUUACUUCAAACUUUGCUUAUUGAACAAUUAAUGACGGCUAUUGAAAAUAUAAGGUUUGAAAUUAUGUUUUAUUUGAAUUCAAACAUACAAAAUUUUUUAUUUCGCACGGAGGUUAUUUGCUAAACACCAAACUUUAAGUUCCUGGUGUUGGAUUUUCAGUAGCGGGUCUAUAGAUUGCGCGAAAUUCGGAUUAAAUCGAUUUUAACUUUUUUUAUUGUUGUCAUAGUGAUGUUGAUUUUACUAAAAACUACAUUUUGACAAACUUCAAUUCAUAGUCAAUCACUGGUGAAAAUCUUGUGGCGAUCAGGCAAGCAUAAAUUACUUUUAAGUCGAUUGAAAAAUAUCGGUAUGGUCUCCGAAAAACUGUAUCGAAAAAUCUUAAGACCAUCGACGAAGAAUGGUUGGCCCUCAAUUUGUUUGCAGGCUAUCUGCAGCCAGUUGAAGUGUCAAAAGAAGUGAAAAGCCACACUUCGGCAGUAAAGUUGAAAAUCGUCUCAGGCAAACAGAAGGGAAAAAUAUUAAAACACUCUGAAAUUGUUGCGCACAAACAGAAGGGAGUGAAAGGGAGGGGCGGGCGGGGGGAGGAUUUUUUUUCUCGCCAGCUGCAAAAAAUCCAUUGAACUUCCUGUUAUUGUCUUAAUUGCCUUAAUCCUUUGACUGUGCAGAUGGUUUCUGAUCAUAAUAUGUGAGGUCUCUAUAGAAACUUAAUCUUCUAAAACGGAAUAUUUGCCCAAAACUCAACAUUGACGUUAAAUAAAUUAAUGUCGAGUCUCUAAUCAUACCCUUCACAAGGUAUUAGAGCAACAAAAGAGAAAUCUAAAAUGGCCGACCGCUGCGGCCAUGCGCCAUUAGGGAUUUUAAGAUCCAACAACGCUGACGGCAACGAGAACGUCAAAAAAAACCAAACAAUUAGUUUAAAAAGCAAAAAACAACUUUGUACAUGCAUCACGUUUUUUUUUGUAAAUUUAUUUCCUGUUUUUGCACGACUAAGACGUGAAAAUGCCCGAUCAGUUUGCGUUUUAUGGACGACGUAGACAAGCAACUGAACGACGAAAUUUUAUUUCUCUCUCUGAACUUCCAUGGAUAUGGUCCCUUGAAAUUCUAUCAGGAGGGUUUUCCUACAUUUGACAAAGUAAGUGGGUAGGAAUAAUCGCUAUAAAGACUAUAGGAACCCAAAUUAACUUUUUAAGCGACGUUCCCGUAGCCGUCGAGUGGUUGGAUCUUAAAGUCCCUAUUUAUAAAUCAAUUCUUUUGCUUCGCGACGUGGUAACGCACAUCGAUAAUUCAUGCUAUAAAAAUUGACAUCAAUAUUCUUAACCCAACAGAAUCGAGAUGAAAUUUUCAUUAAAGAACUUGUAGGAGUAUAUUAUGUCUCGAGUUCAUACGAAGGGAAGUGCAAAAGAAAACUUUGCGGGAAUUUCUGCUAUUACAGGGUACAAAAUAUAAUUUGUUAUGACGACAUAAGUAGCAGGUGGUCAAGCCAUUUUGGGGUGAACAUAUAUGUUUUUUAACAUAUUUCAACAAUAAAAGUAAAUCGUGUGGCUAAAAUCAUGCAAAGUGCUUAUCUAUGUGUUAUUUUUCAUGUAAAGCACCAAAAAAACUUAUUAUUUCUCGCGGUUUUAACCUGAUUUCUAAGUUUUGGUAAGCGUGCUAGAUAUAACUUCAAAAGCUUUAUAAAGAGAAUGCAUAUUAUUCAUAAACAUUCACUGGCCAAACAAAGCAAUUGGUAACUGAUACAGAAAUUAUACAAAUGGCUCUUUAUUUAACAGGCUAUCACACAUCAAAUAUAAAAACAGUUUGGAA